AUGUACGACCUCGUCACAAUAGCACUAUUUGUGCUUUGCAUGAUUGGACUCACUUCAACCACUCCAGUUGCUCGCAAAUCACUCAACCCCAACUAUCUCAAACCUCGAUCCCCGGUUUCCAACGCCGCUUUUGCAUCCGACUGGCCCACCAAUGUUGUUAUGGUUGGAGGUUCUCAGAACUAUGGUCUCUGGGUUCCAGUCGACGGGACAUGGUAUGAUUUCGAAAACAUCCAAUGUUUGGGUCUCCCGGCGUAUGCUCUCGGCGACUGCAAUGACAUCACGAUAGAUCAAAUUGGUGUUGUCGCUGGAAACGGGCCUUGUUCCUUCGUCGGUAAUGCCGGUUGGGCCAGAACACUACAAGGCACAGCUGGAGAGGGAUUCUACACAGUUGGACCUCCUCAAACCAUCAUUCGCGGAAAAUUCAGCCCUCCUUUCCGCGGCGUGGAGGGGUGGGAAGGACCCCGAUCCGAAUACGCGGAAAAUUUCACGGUGAGUUGUGACGAACUCGAGGCCCUCGUAUUGAAUAAUCACAGUCAGAUUACGAGGGAGGCUGAAAAUGUGUGCUGUAUGUACGCCCAGCCUAACUCCCCACUCCUGAGCUCUAAACUUCAGCCAACUUACAGCAAGGUAAGGUACCGCGUCCGACCCGUCUCGUAUAAUCCCGACCUUGUAUCUCGUACUCGACGUCCCUGGUCUGGUGGUGGUGGUGGUGGUGGUGGUGGUGGUGGUGGCGCCUCGCACCUAACUAGGGCUACUGUAUACAAGGACUUCCUCGGUAUCUAA